CCGCAGGCAUGGCUACCGCGUCAGACUAGCAGCAGCGGUAGAGACCGCGCCGCGGAGCCACUUUCUCUAUCACAUUUUACCAGCUACAUUCAUUAUCUAUCUAUCUGCAUGCGCAGUGCAAUGUAUUUUAAACCCGGGCUUCUACCUAUCUAUUGUCAUAGAGCACAGCCUGCAGUGACCAGUCAGGCAGCGGUACACCAAGGCACCAAUCAAUAAGACUGGAGAAUAGAGAGAAAGGGAUAUACAUAGCUGGCUAUAGCCGCUACGAGGAAAAAACGUCGCGGGGAAGGAGGCUGGAAUUAUGAAGGUCCGUCACCAUGUCUAAGGCCACAGUGAAGAAGCUGCACUGGCGCUCCAAGGUGCAGGAGAGUUUUGUUCCCCUGGGAGACGGGUCUGGGGAGCUGGGUGUGGCCAUUGGGGGCGGGGCUGACUACGGAGAGUUCCCAUUCGUCACCACAGCACCUGGAGGUUGGACCACAGUGGGUGACGUCAUACUGGAGAUCGGGGGUACGCCCGUCCUGGGCAUGACACUAGGAGACGUGAGAGGGGUCCUCAACUCUUGCCCCCAUCCCAUACGCAUCAAAACUGUCUCUCCAGGCUCUACUCUGUGUAAGGACCUGAGGUGGUACCUGAGUAAGUGUUUCACCCCAGGAUCCAUGGACAGCCAACUACAGCAGGUGAUCAGGGAGAACCUCUACCUCCGAGCCGUCCCCUGUACGACCAGGCAGCCUCGCAACCAGGAGGUAUCAGGAGUGGACUACAAUUUUGUCUCCAUAGAAGAUUUCUUUUCCCUGGAAGAGUCUGGAGCCCUGCUGGAGAGUGGCAAGUUCAAAGGUAACUACUACGGGACGCCCCGCCCAGUCCACAUUGGCCCAGAGAGCCCACCAAUCACGUACCAGGAACACCGGAACCUGCUACGGAACUUCAGGACGCGCAGCAAGUCGCUUAGCAACCUGGAGAAGGCUGUGGAGGAAGGAGAGAACAGUGAGGAGGACUCUGGUCUGUCAGCGGGGUCAGUAGGUGCCAGCAGUGCCCCGCCCACAGCCAAAUCUCUUAGCCAAUCAUGGGAUGGCAGGGAUGGCGUGGGAGAGGAGAACGGAGGGAGCGGCAUCGCCACACGGGGUGGAGCGACACUGCCAGAGAACUGGGAGCUGGCCUUCAGUGACUCAGGAGAGCCUUACUACAUAGAUCAUAUCUCUAAGACCACCAGCUGGCUGGACCCCAGAGCUCAGAGCAGGGAGAUCCUCAGCAAGACAGACUUGCCUGCGUUCACGGACCAGCCGGCAGAGCUGAAGGGUUACUCCAUCCACACCCGUCUGUCGAAAGGGCCGCGAGGGUUCGGCUUCAACAUAGUGGGAGGCAGCAGACAGAGAGAGUUCCUCCAGGUCUACAGCGUUACACCAGGAGGAUCACCUGCUCUCAACACAGCUGAUAUCCUGGUCUACAUCAAUGACAGCUGUGUCCUGGGUCUGUCUCAUAAAGAGGUGGUAGAGAUGUUGCAGUCUGUCCCUGUGGGUCACAGUGUGGACGUUGUGUUACGGAGAGGCUACCCCAUGCUUUACAACCCCGACGGCUGCCCCAAACAACAACCCCUGACCUCCUCCUCCUCCUCCUCCUCCUCCUCCUCCCCUCUGGAACCCCUCAGCUCUGCAGCCACGCCGCCCUCCACAGCCACCGCCCAGCCCCAGUCCCCUCCCUGUCCCAGCCCUGCCGAGCCCCCCCACCACCCCGCUGGCUUAGCUAACCUGAACCGGACCCUGUCCCAUCACAGCGGCAACUAUCUCAGAGUGGCGGGAAACUCGGGAUCAGGGCUGGACGCUAACGGGAACGCGGCAGGGCUGGUCUUGGCGCCCCCCUCCUACCCGCUGUCUAACGGCACACCGGGCUCUUCUGCCAGCUCAGCCUGUGCCCCCUCUUCCUCUCACAGUAGAGGCAUCCCCCCUCCUCCCCCUCCUGAACGAACCUCCACGUCCGCCAGCCAGAGUGACUCAGACGCCUUGGGUGGAUGGACACAAAGAUGGUCUCUGAUGCGCUACAACGGUAACUCCCUCCCCACCCCCUCCUCCAUGGUCCAGCACCAGAGGGACCUCUCCACCUCCACCCUGCCCAUCUCCCUCUCCAAGCUGCCCCUGUCCCAGCCGGAGGUGGGCACCGCCACCACCCCUGGAGACCCCUGCCAGCGGCCCCCCAUGCCCCAGACCUCCCUCAUGGUCAGCCCGCCUACGGAGGUCCCCCCUUGCGGCUUCAGCGGCUGCCCCGCCAACGCCCACCCCCGUGAGGGCCACAGCCCGGCCAGCGAGGGUACACCUGGAGGGAGCGAGCUGCUCCCUGUGUCCCUGGGGAGGAGUGAGGGGGGUGGUUUGGGGUUCAGUGUGACGGCUGGGGGGCAGGGGGGGCAGCUGGCCCUGGUGAAGAGAGUCUGGGACAGAAGACAGUGCUCCUCCCUGCAGCCAGGGGAUGCUAUAGUCAAGAUCAACGGAGCCGACGUGCAGAGCCUCAGCUUCUCUCAGGUGCAGAGGGUCCUUCAGGAGCACGUCAAGCAGGGAGAAGUAGUGCUGUUGGUUUACAGAGCAGGGUCCUUCUGUUCUCCUGUCUCCCCUAACCUCUACAAACCCUUCCCCUCUCCGCUGGGCCCCCACUCCUCCUCCCACGGCCUCCCUUCCCCCUCCGACUUGCCUUCCACCUCCACCUCAGAUGCCUUGGUGCCCCCCAGCCACAGUGGCCUCGCCCCAGCCUCACCCUCCACCGACCUCCCCUCCAUGGUUCAGAGUACCUCCUUCCUGGACUCAGUCCCUGUAACCAUCACCUUGGAGCCCAGGGACUGGCUGGGGAUGGAGGAGGGUGGUGGCCCUGGGCCCCCAGUCAGCCCCCCUGGAGGUGGGGCAGUAGGGGGAGCGGGGCUGGGGGCCAUGGCCAAGGGCCAGGUGGACGGGAGAGGGGGGAGGGCCCGGGUGGGAGUCAUGGGUCAGGAAGUGGAGCUACAGAGACGGCCGGGGGAGGGGUUUGGCUUCGUCAUCGCCUCACAGGACCUGGCCAAUGGGGCCUCGUCCAUGCUGUCCCAUAGGUUUGUGAAGGUGCGUGGGGGCAGCCCUGCGGCCCGGUCGGGUCAGAUCCAGCCGGGUGACCAGCUAGAGGCGGUGGAGGGGCGAUCCGUUGCCACCCUGCCUCACAGAGACCUGGCACAGAUACUGAGACGCGCCAGAAACACACUCCGACUCACCAUCAUACCAAGAUCUAACACCAACUCCUCUAAUCUGUCAGAAGGCCCAGAGUUAGAGGCUGUCGGCAGGACAAGGAGAGGCCACAGAGGGAGGCCCAAGCAGCAGGACCAGCGUUGCUAUACUGUAGACCUAGAGAGAGGUUCUACAGGUUUUGGCUUCAGUCUGCGGGGGGGCAGUGAGUACAACAUGGGUCUGUAUGUCCUGGGGCUGAUGGAGGGAGGGCCUGCCUCACGCAGCCACAAGAUACAGGUGAGUGACCAGAUGGUGGAGAUAAAUGGUGACAGUACCACAGGAAUGACCCACAGCCAGGCCAUAGAGCAGAUAAGAAGAGGAGGACAUCGUAUACACCUGGUACUGAAGAAAGGAAACGGAUACGUCCCAGACUAUGACCAUGAUCCCAGAUCAGUCUCCUUCUCCUCCUCUCUCUACCCAGAGGAGCCGGGUGUGGCUGCAGUAGAUACACACUCUCUGCCAAGGAAGAGCGGAAGGAUGGAUAGAGGAGGAGGAGAGAGAGGGAGAGUUAAGACAGGCAGAGGAAAGGUGGUAGUCUGGAGGGGAAGGAGUAGCAGAGGAGGAGGGCGAGGUACUCCUGACACAGACCUGGAUUGGUCCGAGGAGGAGGAGGAGGAGGGUCAGGUGGUCAGCCACAGAGGUCAAAGUUUAGAGGAUAAGGAUAACGGGAAACGCACCCAGAGUUUACCCAAGAACAGACAGGUGGAGGAAGUGGAGGUGGAGGAGGAGGAGGAGGAGGAGGUGGUAGUGGAGACAGUGGAGGAGGUGAGGCACAGCAAGGCCAAACAGAGUUCAAAACAGCAGAGGAGCAGGGCAAUGCAGAGCAAGAGGAGGAAGAACAGGAGAGAGAGGGGAGAUGAGACAGAGGAGCUUCCCAUCAGAAACACAGGUAAAGGGGGGAGGGAAGAGGGGAGGAGGGAGAGAGAGAGGGAGGUAGAGAGGGAGACGGAGGUGAAGGUGGAGGAUUCUGGGCCGGCAGAGAGAGAGAGAGCUCCCCUCUCCUUCCUCAUGCCGCUGCAGGAUGGAGACGCUGAGCUGUCCAAUGCAGAAUCAGGGGCCUCAGGAGCCUCCAGGGCCAGCUUCUCUGACCAGGUCAGCCUGUCUGCAGCUAGCAUCUCCGGUUCCACCGCCGGAGCCCCAUCCGGGUGGGGAGACCCCAGGGACCAGAGAGGAGACCCCUGGAGCACCCAGUCAUGGCGCCGGGCCAACCAUGCAUCCCACACCCCAGGCCCCUGGAGCAGGACACAGCCACAGAGGGCCACCUACACCGGCUCCGGUCCCUGCCCCUGGAUUAAACCUAACCAGCAGAAACUAUCUCAGGUUUUGGUGGGACACAGACUGACAGGAAACAGGCUGAGAGAAGGUCUUGACCUGUAGAUGAGAGAUAAUCCUGGUUAGAGGAGGUCUUGACCUGUAGAUGAGAGAUAAUCCUGGUUAAAGGAGGUCUUGACCUGUAGAUGAGAGAUAAUCCUGGUUAAAGGAGGUCUUGACCUGUAGAUGAGAGAUAAUCCUGGUUAAAGGAGGUCUUGACCUGUAGAUGAGAGAUAAUCCUGGUUAAAGGAGGUCUUGACCUGUAGAUGAGAGAUAAUCCUGGUUAAAGGAGGUCUUGACCUGUAGAUGAGAGAUAAUCCUGGUUAAAGGAGGUCUUGACCUGUAGAUGAGAGAUAAUCCUGGUUAAAGUAGGUAUUGACCUGUAGAUGAGAGAUAAUCCUGGUUAAAGGAGGUCUUGACCUGUAGAUGAGAGAUAAUCCUGGUUAAAGGUUUCCUGGAUUUCCUGCUUAUUUCCUUGUGAUUCCAGAAUUUGUCCAACCAGGAUUUCUAGAAAACCAGGGAAUUGACCUCUUAUCUAAGACACUUCCCUGACCACUGCACCACCCAACCCCCCCCGUUAACCCACCUCUUGACUAGGAUCCAUCAUCAUACCCAUGAGUCUACCUUCCUACCAUUGCCUGUGGAAGUCCACCAUCACAUUCGGUUGGUUUGCAUUGGAUCUAUCUAUUCUAUAUCAUAAUGAGUUGUAUUAUCUUCAACAUAAUCAUUGUCAUCAGAACCUUUUUUAUAAUGGAUAUGCAAGUAACAACAACAGCAGCUGCAUCAAACAUUUCCUCGUAUCAACCCUCUCUACAAACCAGACAGCAGCUAGAUCAAACAUCUCCUCGUAUCAACCCUCUCUACAAACCAGACAGCAGCUAGAUCAAACAUCUCCUCGUAUCAACCCUCUCUACAAACCAGACAGCAGCUAGAUCAAACAUCUCCUCGUAUCAACCCUCUCUACAAACCAGACAGCAGCUAGAUCAAACAUCUCCUCGUAUCAACCCUCUCUACAAACCAGACAGCAGCUAGAUCAAACA